AUGUGGUUAAGUGUAUUAUUAGUGGUGAUUUUACUGUUUUUGAUUCUGUUGUUAACCGUGUUUCACUAUACGACUAAAGGAAGAAAAUAUUGGUUGUUACGAAAUGUACCUUACAGAGAACCAUGUCCGUUAUUUGGAAAUUUUGGAGCAACGUUCACUAUGAGGAGAAGCUACACAAAAAUGUUGCAAUUUUUUUACGAUAAUUAUUAUAAUGAGAAAUACGUGGGAAUUUUUCAAGCACGGAGGCCGACAUUAAUGCUCAUAGAUUUAGAACUGGUGAAAAAUGUAUUAUCUAAAGAAUUUCCGAAUUUCAGCGAUCGCAUAUCUGUUACGACCGAUACGCAGCGGGAACCAUUGCUUCGGAAUUUAGCUAAUAUGAGUGGAGCUGAAUGGAAAGCUAUGAGGCAGAUUGUAACGCCAACAUUUUCAUCGGCGAAAAUGAAAGCUAUGUUUCCAUUGAUAGCGGAAUGUGCUCAAACAUUAAAAAAUAGUCUACUUAAGGAGUCUCUCGCGGAAGUUAAUGUGCCCGAUUUUAUGACACGAUUUACUACAGACGUAAUUGGUAGUUGUGCCUUCGGAGUCGACCCUGGUUCUCUGAAAGAUCCCGAGUCUCCAUUCUUAAAAAUGUCGCAAAAAAUGUUUAAAAUUGAUCGUUCUACUGUUUUAAAACGCUAUUGUAGAACGUUUUUCCCAAAGCUGUUUAAAUUUUUGAAUCUCAGAACAUACUCAAAGGAUGUGGAAACGUUUUUCACAACUAUUAUUAAGAAAGUUCUCGAUGAAAGGCGCGCCACGGGCGUUCAAAGACAUGACUUCCUACAGCUUAUGUUGAACGUUCAGAAAACUGAAACAAGUUUCGUUAUGACCGACACAUUGAUAAUAUCGAAUUCGUUCAUUUUUAUGCUCGCUGGACUAGAAUCCUCGUCUACUACACUAUCGUUCUGUUUAUAUGAAUUGGCUAAAGAUAAACACAUCCAAGAUGAUCUCAGAACAGAGAUUGUUGACUGCUUAGAAAGGUAUGGUGGUAUAAAUUAUGAAGCAGUGUGUUCAAUGCGCUUGGUCAACCAAGCUGUACUUGAGACUUUACGACUUCAUCCACCGACGCCGCUCACGACACGGCUUUGCACCAGUGCUUGUACUCUGAAUGGCACAGAUUUAAGCGUUAGAGUAAGAGAUCCCGUGUUAAUACCUUUGUAUUGUAUUCAGCGAGACGCCCAACACUUUCCUAAUCCUGACAAGUUCAAUCUAGAAAGGUUUAAGGAAACAAAUCCUCCUGGAUUUUUGGCUUUCGGCGAAGGACCGAGGAGUUGUCCAGGCGCACGAUUUGCUCAAUUGACAGUUGCCGCGGCUCUUGCGGCUUUGCUAAGUAGUUUUGAAAUAGAACCUUGUUCCAUGACAACUUCCACUAUAGUCUAUGAUCCUAGAAGUGUAAUGCUUAAGAAUAAAGGCGGGAUAUGGCUGAAAUUUGUACCUCUAUAA